CUCUUGGCUACUACUGCAAGGACACGCCUACGCUAAAUAAAACCAUCGACGGUAAUCCUUCAUUACUAGAACUUGAUGCGAGUACUCUCUGACUGUUAGCAAGCUAGUAUUUGCACUGUUAUAAUCAGAACAUGGACAACUCGGGGAAAGAGAAGGAAGCGAUUCAGCUUAUGGCUGACGCUGACAAGAAAGUGAAAACUUCUGGCUCGUUCUUGGGAGGCAUGUUUGGCGGACCUCAUAAAGUGGAGGAGGCGUGUGAAAUGUAUUGCAGAGCAGCCAACAUGUUCAAGAUGGCCAAGAACUGGAACGCUGCUGGUAAUGCAUUCUGCCAGGCCGCCCGGAUCCACAUGCAGCUCCAGAAUAAACACGACUCGGCCACCAGCUUCAUCGAUGCAGGAAAUGCCUUCAAAAAGUCUGACCCCAACGAGGCUAUCAAGUGCUUAAACGCAGCCGUUGAUAUAUACACAGACAUGGGAAGGUUCACCAUCGCAGCCAAACAUCACAUCACCAUCGCAGAGAUCUACGAGUCAGAACUGGUGGAUAUAGAGAAGGCCAUCGCCCACUAUGAGCAGGCAGCAGACUACUACAAAGGAGAGGAGUCCAACAGUUCUGCCAACAAGUGUCUGCUGAAGGUGGGGGCCUACGCCGCUCAGUUAGAACAAUACUCCAAGGCCAUUGAGAUCUACGAACAGGUGGGAUCCAGCACCAUGGAUAACCCCCUGCUGAAAUACAGCGCCAAAGAGUACUUCUUCAAAGCUUCUCUGUGUCACUUCAUCGUGGAUGAACUCAAUGCUAAGCUUGCUGUGGAGAAGUACGAGGAGAUGUUCCCAGCUUUUUCAGACUCAAGAGAGUGUAAACUGUUGAAGAAACUCCUGGACGCUCAUGAGGAACAGAACUGUGAAGCUUUCACUGAAGCAAUUAAAGAGUUUGAUUCCAUCUCUCGUCUGGACCAAUGGCAGACUACCAUGCUGCUGCGCAUCAAGAAGACCAUCCAGGGGGAUGAGGGGGACCUGAAGUGAGACUACACCGGGGGGAACAUUUCACCACAGGGGCACACAUGGCAUGCCACCCCCACUCCAUUACCCCCCCCCCUUACUCUCUCAUCUCACAUUGCACAAAAACAAUGUUGAGGUUCUUAUAGUUACAGUAUGAGUUAGUUACAAGUUAACUUCAGCUGCAAUGUGUAGGCCUAUAGAGAAUCUGUAGAAGAGUACGUGUACCCUGUUCAUUCCGAAUGUUAUGUUGAAUUCUAUUAUAUGAAGUUAUCAGUUGCUCUCGUAUUAAUAUUGCCAAACCCUAGUUAGGAUGUGGAUCUAGUCAUACCUCUUAAUGGAGGAUAGAGCCUGUACAUUUCCUGUUUAGUGGUGAGUAACCUCAGUAGGGCAGAGAGGCAUUCUACUAAUGCAUAAACACUGCAUGAUUUGUACAGUUGUAAUUAAUUAUUAUAUAGGUUUAGCACAUGUGACUAAUCUAGAAAUUAGUAUUUAAAUAUAUUUAAAGAUUACUUAUGAUGUUGUAAGCUUAUUUCCAUUCUUUCCUUGGCUUCCAACUUGAAAAUGUCUUAAAGGGAUUUAGAAAGGAAAUAUCCAUUACUUCCAAUAUCAUAAACGGUUGUUGUAAACUAAAGAAUUCUAGCCUGAGUGAUGACAUUUACAUUUACAUUUAAGUCAUUUAGCAGACGCUCUUAUCCAGAGCGACUUACAAAUUGGAAAGUUCAUACAUAUUCAUCCCGGUCCCCCGUGGGAAUUGAACCCUGGACCCCCCGUGGGAAUUAAACCCACAACCCUGGCGUUGCAAGCGCCAUGCUCUACCAACUGAGCCACACGGGACCGAAUAAGAAUUGUUUCAUAUCCAAAACAGCCAGGAAAAAUGUCUUAAUGAUGACAAUUGAUAAACAAUCAAGACAUGACCAGAGAGCAUAUGGGAAAUAAAGUAUCCAAAGUUGGCUUUAUUUUUUUUCCCCAUAUAAUCUUAUUCUGUAUUAUUUACGAGGGUGUUCUUUACAAAUGUUUUGGUUUACCUGCCAAUGUGACUAAUUCUGCUUGUGUAAAAAAAUAAAGUAUUUUUUUAAUGCAGAGCAAACAAAGAAGAAAAAAAAGCUAAGAAUGAAUUGCACUCUUGCCAGAGCAGUGUCACACUGAAAUAACAGGCUGGAAGUAACUCAUGUUGGUGUAUACUAGUGCCCACCUGCUGGCAACUAGCAGAACUGCAUGUCAUUGUGUGUUUUAUAGCAUUGUGCAACAUUUCCUAGUAGUGAUGAACUGAGCCACCCUUGAUGUUGGGGGGGGGCAGUCAGCCAGCAUAUCAAGCUUCUUUCAGGUGGAAUAGUGCCCUUUUUUAUUUGGUCUGUGAGAAUGGACUGUAAUAAAGACAUAUCUAUAAUUCUCA